CUGAAGCCCACAGCUUCUUCUUCUCUUCCUCCUUCUUCUUCUUCUUCUUCUUCUUCUUGGCAGUUCAGAAACUCCAAGCACACAUUUCCUUUCUUCAGCUAUCUAAAUUACAUAAUACUCCCUUAGCAUAAGAAGAUGUCUCUGCGAGUUUUGAACCCUAACGCUGAGGUUCUGAACAAAUCGGCGGCGCUUCAUAUGAACAUCAAUGCCGCCAAGGGCUUGCAGGAUGUCCUCAAGACCAACCUUGGCCCCAAGGGCACCAUCAAGAUGCUUGUUGGCGGAGCUGGAGAUAUCAAGCUCACUAAGGAUGGUAACACUCUCUUGAAAGAAAUGCAAAUUCAAAACCCAACAGCAAUUAUGAUUGCAAGGACAGCUGUUGCCCAAGAUGACAUAAGUGGAGAUGGUACAACUUCUACUGUGAUCUUCAUUGGAGAGCUUAUGAAACAGUCUGAACGAUACAUUGAUGAUGGUAUGCAUCCCCGUGUUUUGGUUGAUGGUUUUGAGGUUGCCAAGAGGGCUACACUCCAGUUUCUUGAAAAAUUUAAGACUCCUGUGGUAUCCGGUGAUGAACCUGACAAGGAAAUUCUGAAAAUGGUUGCAAGAACAACGCUAAGAACAAAAUUAUAUGAAGCUUUGGCUGAUCAAUUGACUGACAUAGUUGUUAAUGCGGUGCUUUGUAUUAGAAAGCCCGAGGAAGCCAUAGAUCUAUUCAUGGUGGAAAUCAUGCACAUGCGUCAUAAAUUUGAUGUUGACACUAGGCUGGUUGAAGGUCUUGUCCUUGAUCAUGGUUCUAGGCAUCCUGACAUGAAGCGACGAGCAGAGAACUGUUACAUCUUGACAUGCAAUGUGUCUUUAGAAUAUGACAAAAGUGAAAUAAAUGCAGGAUUUUUCUACUCAAAUGCAGAGCAAAGGGAAGCAAUGGUUGCAGCUGAAAGGCGUCAGGUGGAUGAAAGAGUGAAAAAAAUCAUUGAACUAAAAGACAAGGUUUGUUCUGGUAAUGACAGCAAUUUGGUUGUUAUUAAUCAGAAGGGUAUUGAUCCCCCAUCUCUGGACCUUCUUGCUCGUGCAGGGAUAAUUGCUCUUCGAAGAGCCAAGCGAAGAAAUAUGGAACGGCUGGUUUUGGCUUGUGGUGGUGAGGCGGUGAAUUCUGUUGAUGAUUUAACCCCUGAUUGCCUUGGUUGGGCUGGAUUGGUUUAUGAGCACAUCCUUGGUGAAGAGAAAUAUACAUUUGUUGAAAAUGUGAAGAAUCCCCAUUCCUGUACUAUCUUGAUAAAAGGGCCUAAUGACCACACAAUUGCCCAAAUAAAGGAUGCUGUCCGUGAUGGCCUAAGAGCUGUCAAAAAUACAAUUGAAGAUGAAGCUGUUGUACUUGGAGCAGGUGCUUUUGAAUUUGCAGCGAGAAAAUACCUAUUAAAUGAAGUAAAAAAAACGGUUCAAGGGCGUGCUCAGCUUGGUGUUGAAGCUUUUGCUGAUGCCCUUCUUGUGGUGCCUAAAACACUGGCUGAGAAUUCUGGCCUUGACACUCAAGAUGAGAUUGUUUCCCUUACGGGAGAGCAUGACAGGGAUAAUAUUGUGGGAAUAAACUUGCAAAUGGGGGGCCCCCUUGACCCCCAAAUGGAGGGCAUCUUUGACAACUACUCUGUUAAACGCCAAGUCAUAAACUCAGGGCCUGUGAUUGCGUCCCAGCUAUUAUUGGUGGAUGAAGUGAUUCGGGCUGGGCGAAAUAUGAGGAAACCAAAUUAGAAUGUUUACUUUUUUGCCUCGCACUGUUGUCGUCCAAGUUUAUUAAUUGGAGGUUGAUUGUGUUCUGGGGAUCGUGUUGGGGGAAUCUCUAUUUGUUUGAUGUUGUGGAAAUUUUUUUUGGGGGAAUGAGCACUCGCCGUCUUUAUUUAUUCAUCCGGUUGGUUUGUUAUGUCUGGGAAUUUUUUAAUCGCCCCUCCGCUAACAUUGCACCUUGGUUUAGGGAAUAUCUUGAACGGGGUUGGAUUUGAAGUAAAAGUGGAUUUUGUUUUGUGAAAAUUUAUAAAAUAUAAAUGUAGUUUCAAAUUUAAGCGUCUUUUCA